AUGGCCAGCCCCUGGGACGAAGACAUCCUUGACAAAGAUUUCAAGAUCUUAACACCUCUAGGUGUAGGUUCUUUCGGGGAGGUGAAGCUUGCCUGCCACAUUCCUACCAAAACACAGGUUGCUGUCAAGGUCCUUAGUAAAAAAAGCAAUAGUGUGGGUGAGAUGAACUCUGAAGUAAAGAUCCUUCAGACUUUGGAACACAGGAACAUCAUUCAUUUUUUUCACGUCAUUGACACACAGUCAAGGACUUAUAUAAUCACGGAGUAUGUGGCUGGAAAGGAUCUACAGAUAUUCCUCAGUGAGGUUGGAUGUUUAAAGGAGCAGGAGGCUAGACCCAUCUUCCAACAGGUUGUAUCAGCGGUGCACUUUCUCCACCAACGACGUAUUGCGCAUCGCGAUAUUAAAUUGGAGAAUAUCCUUAUUGAUGGAGAUGGCAAUGUCAAGCUUUGUGAUUUUGGUACGGCAAUUCAGCUCACAGAGGGGCAGAAGUUGGAAGAACUCUGUGGUUCUUUGCACUAUAUGGCUCCAGAGAUGUUGGCAAGGAAACCUUAUGAUGGGCUGGCUGUUGACAUGUGGAGCUUGGGAGUCGUCCUAUAUGCAAUGGUCACAGGACAAUAUCCAUAUGCUGAAGACACAUUAGAUGGUAUGCAUAGGCUCAUCACCAACACAAAGUAUCCCAUUUCCUAUCACUGGUCAAUUCCCUGUCACAUCAUCAUUGCACAAUUACUCAUGGUUCCCACCAUCGGGAGAAUAACAGUAUGUCAACUUGUGAAAAGACCAUGGCUGGGCCCCACAAAAAAAAUUACAACACCUACAACUAAAGAAAUCCUUCCACAGCUUGUAGAGACUAUGUGCACCAUGGGUUAUAACUUGGAAGAUAUUUUUUCAUCACUAACGUGCAAGGAACCAAAUGAAGUAACAGCAACUUUUAAUAUUCUAAAACACAAAUUGAGCUGUGAGGACAGUUAUCAGCAGAGUGAGCAGCACUGUUAA